CUUACUUUGUAGUACACUCUUAUUAUUUGUUAAUACCGAUUCACCCUUUGCUAUUGCGUAAGAGAACGAGAAAAGAACGGAGCUCGCCGCCUUCACCUUCUCUCCCCGCGGCGGCGCAACCACGUUUCCGGCAACACAAUCAAUCCUUCUCCCCGGAAGCCAUCUGUCUGUUUGUUUGUAAGUAAACCCUAGCUCCAAACAGUACUGUUUACCCUUAACGCUCCAUAUUUUCACCAAUGGCUUAUUCCCGUGGUCGCGAUUUCUUGUUCUGUAACUUGUGCGGGACAAUGCUCGCGGUUUCUUCAACAGAAUACGCAAAAUGCCCUUUGUGCAAAACCAAACGAAACAUAAAAGAUAUUAAAGGAAAGGAAAUAAGUUACACAAUUUCUGCCGAGGAUAUCAGAAGAGAACUUGGAAUUAAUCUACUCGAAGAACAGACAGUGCAAUUGUCUAAGGUCAACAAGACAUGCGAAAAAUGUGGUCAUGGUGAGGCUGCCUUUUAUACCAGACAGAUGAGAUCAGCAGAUGAAGGUCAAACUACUUUCUACACAUGCACCCGAUGCGGUCAUCAGUUUCAGGAAAAUUAAGUUGGAACCAUGUUCAAACAGUUUGUCUAAUUUUGAUAAUUUAUUUUUGUCCCCUUGGCUGAAAUCUACCUCCAUUUUUCACCAAACUUUAAUUUGGAGAGUUUUGUAUGUGCAAGUAGAAGUUUUGAUCCUAUGUAGCUUGUAUAAUUCCUGAAAAAUAUAUAAUCGACAUAGAAAAGUUAUUUUUUUGGUGUUAA